UCAACACUGCAGAGCGCUCUAGCAGUAUAGGAAAGAGAACUCCACUCUCAACACUGCAGAGCGCUCUAGCAGUAUAGGAAAGAGAACUCCACUCUCAACACUGCAGAGCGCUCUAGCAGUAUAGGAAAGAGAACUCCCCUCUCCACACUGCAGAGCGCUCUAGCAGUAUAGGAAAGAGAGCUCUUCUGAGCAGCAGAUGUAUUCUGCAUACCGGCUUCCCAAACACUUCUGCAAAGUUGCACACUUUUAUAGACUCGUAUUUAGGAUCAUGCCGGUCCCAUUGCUUUGUGAUCCUCUCUGAGCAAUGUCGUGCCCGUUGCUUUGUGAUCCGCUCUGAGCAAUGCCCUGCCCGUUGCUUUGCGAUCCUCUCUGAGCAAUGCCGACGCCCACACAGUUGGUUAAACAUCACCGAGCGAGCUGAGAGACCCGCCCCGUAUGUAAGCGCAGCAGAUCUCGCUUCAGUGUUGAAAGCACAGUGGCGCUGUUUAGUGCGGGCUGCACGGCGCGUAUUCAAUCACACUGCGCUUCGGACUCCAGGAGCGAUGGCAUUCUGUUCUAUCGGCUGCCUUUUGGUUUUGGUCGCUCUCUAUGGGCUGGCGGAACCAGUAACUGACUCCGUCCCGCCGUUACACACCGCGGAACCGGGCGGGAAUAUCACGCUGAAAUGCGGAGUAGAUCUAAGUAAAAUAAACCAAUAUAUAGCUGCUUGGGUUACCUGGUACCGGCAGGAGCCGGACGGGCGAAUCCAGAUCGUCACAUCCCUGAGCACGGGCUACUUAAAAGAGGGCCGGUAUUCCGGAGGGAUUGACGGCAAGAACGGACAGUAUAAUUUAACCAUUGCGGACCUCCACAGAACCGACUCGGCCGUGUAUUUCUGUAUAGUGAGAGCAGCAGCUCUCCAGUUCGCAUCCGGGUCCAGCUCCAAACUCGUUGUAUCAAACCCGCUGACUGUCCCGAGUGUGGAGUUAUACUCUCCGGGUCUGUUUGAAGGCGAUUCGGACUGGACCGGGCCGGUCCCGGUGCUGUGUUUGGUGAGAGACACGUCUCCGGGGCGGCACCGAGUCCUCUGGACUAUCGGCGCCGAGGCAGCCGCGCCGGGCAGCGCGGAGGAGGGAGAGAUCGAACCCGACGGGUCCUAUAGUGUGCGGAGCUACGUCACAAUCAGCGCGGAUCAAUGGAACAGCGGCGCUAUAAAGUGCGAGGUUUACAACGUCACAGAAAAAGUCUCUGCGUCACACCGAAGGCAAGUUUUUGUUUCAGAUUGCGUUCCUGUGUUGUUUUACGGACUGCCCCCCGUUCUCCUGCUAAUUCUGGUCGUAGUGUCUGUGGCGUGUGUUUACAGAAGACUUCAUAAAACUAAAACCGAUAUCAAGUCCAGCGAUGCUCCAUGUCGUCCCCAGCGCCCCGCCCGACACAGAACAGUCCAGGAUUACUCGACGGAGUACGCAUCGCUCAAUCUGUGACAGCCGUGGAGAGAGAGAGAGAGAGAGAGAGAGAGAGAGAGAGAGAGAGAUAGAGAGAGAGAGAGAGAUACUCUUUCAAUUCCAAGUCCAAUUCACUGUGCAUUUACAUAGCAGUUAGUAAAUACAUGUGUAACACAAUUACAAUGUUAUUAUGCAUUGUUACAAUGUACUUACUGUGGAAAUCUCUGUGCUCGAUAUAACCCUAUCCCUAACACUAACCCUAACCCUUUGCUGAU